CACAGCAUUGUACAACGGUUCACAGGGAAGAAAUCUCAAACGUUGUGGCCACACGAUUUACAAAACGGAUUUGUUCACUUUGAGUUUGACAUCGGAAUUUGUAAGACGUGCUUAUUUUUUCAGUGUGUUUUUGUUAAUAACGAUAAAGACGACGACGACGAAAACAACUAAAAACAUAGUUUGGUAAAAUGUUGGAGACUUUGACAUCCAUAAAGGCAACGUGUGGCAAUCUAUUGCACUCCUUAUGGAAAGUCCAAAAAGCACCUGAAUCUAUUGAGCCCGAUGCAAUGAAUGAAAUUUUGGGGUGUCUAAAAUCAUUACAAAACUGCGAGAAAGAGCUCUUAACCGAAUUACAUUUAAAAGAUUCAAGGUUAUUUGCUGUAAUAUCUGAGGAAUUUCGACAGCAACAUGUCAUGAAUGACAUGGGAAUCAAACCAUCGGAAAAUCGGGUCGAUUCAACGAAAUCAAUUCACGAGAAUAACGUUCAAAUGACAUCAACUUUAAAUGGUACUAUUGACCACAAAAUUACACCCAAUGAAAAAACAGCGAAUAUAACUAAAAUGGUUUGUGAAUCAAAUUCACAAAUGGUCGACGAAAAACCAAACGGUUCCCUGCAAGUACAGGAAUUGCAUUUGAGUGACAGCACUGUGGAUUUGAAUGUACAAAGCGCUAACGAGAACGUAGAAUCAGAUGAUAAUUUAAUUGUGGACCAUAAUGAGAGCUAUUAUCUCUUAUUGCAUGCGAUCGAGCAUUUGGAAGGAAAGCCGGCAAAUUCAGUUGUUACAUUAAAUUCAACAAUUCCAGAGCUCACCAACAAUAUAGCUGAUUUUGAUGUUCAAGCCGAAGAAUUUGUCACAACAACACAAGAAAAUGUGGAACAUACAUAUGCUCGCAAUCAACCAAUGAGAGAAUCAAAUCAUAAGUCUCAAUUAGAAAUUUUCAAUAAACAAAGACGUCGUAGCAUGGAUUACCGUAUAAUGUCUCAUGCCAUAAGUUCCUCGAUGGACUAUACAAUGGAACCAAAAGUGAAAACCCAAUCUGGCAACGAAACCAAAACAAAGUUGGCCAAAGCAAUGGAAAAGCGUAAAUCGGCUACUCGCAAAACAAUUUGCUUUGAACGGCGGUCAAAUGAGCACGAUGAUGACGAUGAAAUGUACAGUUUGUCACGAAAUUUUAAACAUGCUGACUAUGAAUCAAAUCCAAAAUUGGCCAAAGCAAUGGAAAAGCGUAAAUCGGCCACUCGUAAAACAAUUUGCAUUGAACGGCGUUCAAAUAAGCACGAAGAUGACGAUGAAAUGUACAGUUUGUCACGAAAUUUUAAGCAGGUAGCCAAGGCUGACUAUGAAACAAAAAUGAAAUUGGCCAAAGCAAUGAAAAAGCGUCAAUCGGCCAUACGCAAAACAAUUUGCAUUCCACGGAUCAAAGUUGAGGAAUUCGAUAAUGAACGGCGUAACACCUCAAACACCAAUUCUCAAAUGUAUGCUAUGAACAAAAUGUUCCAUGAACUUUGCAUCUUCUGCGACAAAAAGUGUAAACGAAGUCUGGUGCAACACUAUGUGCAAGAACAUCCAAAUUUGGAAAUUCCCAUCUCUCGUCCAUCACCUGCAAUAGCAAAAAAGCUACGAUUGCAACCAAUGAAGCACACAUUGAUCAAUCGCAAAAUCCUGGGCAAAUGUGUAUUUUGUGAAGAAGACAAAAGUUUUGCAAAAUCUCACUGGGAAACCCACAUUACCACCCAUACUGGCGAACAUAUGUUUGCAUGCAGUAAAUGCAACAAUAUGGUGAAAAUCAAAGGUGAACACAGUAAAAAGUGUAGCGGUGAACCGUUAAACAUAUUCCGAUUGAACGACAACCACGCAUCAAAGGGUUUUAUGUGCAAGGACUGUAACUAUCUUCAAAUUUGGCGCAACAACAUUAUCAAACAUUUGAAAAACGAGCACGGAUACAUGGGACCAGAAGAAAACUAUCAUUACGAAAAAUUCACGUUGGUUCCAAAACGAAGCGAUUUGAUUCCAUUAGCAUAAAAAAUUUCGCUAAGGAAAUUUAUACAAAGCUAAUACAAAGCCAUUAGUCCGACAAUGCCAUAGAGGUUUUAUAAUCGAUCCACUAAAAAAUUAAAAUAAAAAUCAAAUCGAGCGAAAGAAGAUCGCUGUAAAAUUAAAAAUUUAUAAACAUUUUCAUUUUAUAUUUCAUAAUAUUCUAGAUAAAAUCAUUGAUUGCUUAGAUAAUCAGAUUAUUAUACGUUGAAAACAUAAAUAAAAUCCAACCGGCU